AUGCCGCGAGAUAGGUUCCUCUUCUCUUCCUCUUCCUUUUCUUCUUCUUCUCCGUCUCCCCACCACGACUUCCCACCAUCGUCGUCGCCGCCGUCGUCGUCAAGCCCGGUCCAGAAAUGGGCACGCAUCAGCAGCAAAAGAACGAGGAGCGCCAUCAAGAAGUUCGGGCCGUUCUUCUUGACGGGCCUGGCUGCCGUGGCCGAGCACCACUGGCUGAAGAAGGGAGGAGGAGAAGAGAGCCACCACUCCUCCUUCAAAGACUCUAAAGAGGCUGCACCCCACGACGACGACGACGAUGAUGACAAGAUGCCUGCUACUGAUCGCGAUCACCGCGAGCGGGCCGAGAUCCGGCGUUUGAGAGAGGAGGUGAAGAGGCUGCGACGGGACGUGGAGAGGAAGAAGAAGAAGAAGGGGAAGGAACGUCGAGAUUUUCGCGAACGCCGUCAUUGUCAUGAUGGAGGAGGAGGAGGAGGAGGAGGAGAAGAAGAAGUAGAAGAAGAGGAAGAAAGAGAAAGAGAAGAAGACUACCCGCGGUCUUCUCCCCGGCCGCCCUCUGAGCCAGGUCCCGAGUGGUCAGUGCCGUUUGCACCGACGCCGCCGUUCUCGUUCCCGACGCCGCGCCUGGUUCGGGAAGAGCGCGAGUGGGCGCGACGAGCGGAGUACGGGUAUAGCGAGGAUUACGAGCCGGCGCCGGCGCGGAGAUCGGGUUCUCGCACGCGGAGGCGGAGAGGAUCCGCGGGCCAGGUUGGCAAUCACCAUGAUGCCAGCGAUCACGCCGUCCAGGCUGGGAAGGUGGCUGCCGUUGCGGGGAUGGUGGAAGCGCUUCACGUGGAUGGCGGGAAGGGGGACUGGAUCGGGUCGAAGGGGCUGCGGGUUGGGACGACGGUUGCGGCUAGUCUUGGGGCGACGUAUUUGAGGGGGAGGGACGCGGAGGAGUAUAGGAUGCGAGAGGUUGUGGCGGAUGUGGGGACCGGGGUUUUGGUUAGUAGGUUGGUGUAUGGGAAUCCGCAUAGAGGGGACUCGGAGGAGGAGGAGGAAGAGAGGCCGGUGGGUGGGAUGAGGAAGAGGAGGUGGAGUCACUGGGUUUAA